AUGGCCCCCAUCGUCCAAACCCCCGGCCUGUCCCCGCUCGUCCCCGUGCCGUGGGCCGGCGUCCGCGCCUGGCUCGACCAGGCCGAGGCCACGCAGGCCGCCACCGGCGGCUCCACGGCGCACGUCACGCCCUCGCAGCUGCUCGCCCUCUCCCAGCUCGCCAGCUUCUGCGGCAGCGACGAGCCGGACGUGUCCAGGCAGGACCACGUCAGCAAGCUCAUGCGUAUGUCCUCAUCGCGCGACCCGGAAUCCGUCGUGGCUAACGAUGAUGCCGGCGCAGGCCUCUCGCAGGCGCGCCGCCUCGGCGCAGCCCCGACUUUCGAGAUGAGCGACCCGAUCGAGGUGCCCUUCCGCGGCGCCUUCCAGCUGCGCUGGCACUGCGCGUGCGUGCUGCCCUGGUGCGCCCGGCGCUUCCCUCCCCCGAGCGGCGAUGCCGAGCAAGGCAAGGAGCCUCCGGCGCUGUUCACCAACAAAAAGGAUGCAAAGCAGUACGCCGCCAUGCUUGCCGUAGCCUACCUCGAUAGCGUGACAAAGGAUGUUGCGACUUCGCGCACCGCGCCGCGCGAAACUCCUCCUCUUCCGCCACCGAAGCAGGAGGAGCAGCAGGAGAAGCAGCUCCCACCGGAGCAGCAACCCACACAGCAGGCGGAGCAGCAGCAGCAGCAGCAAACUCCGCUGACUCAACCGGCUCCGACGGAGCCUGUAGCCAUCAUGGUUCAGCCCUCUCCGGCUCAGCAUGCUCCGAAGCAGGUGGCGUCACAUCUUCCGCCAUUUGAGCCUAUACCUGUCGCAUCGUCGCCCUCGCCGCUGCACCCUCAGCCAUCACCACCAUCCACCCCUCCCACGCCACCUCCUCCCAGCACGUCCCAAGGCACCAUCACCACCACCAUCAGCACCGCUGCGCCUUCAUCCCCGCGGCUCAAACGGCCCCUCGACUCGCCAACCACUCCCGAACCCACCCGUCGGUCCUCCCCCCUCAAGACGGACCGCAAUCAACGCCACCGCAGUUCCUCCCCCGCAGCCCCGGACGCGGCGGCGGAUACCCCGGUUCCCUUCGCGUCCCCCCAGGGCCGGGGCGCCGAGGCCGCCGCCGAGCAGAGUCGGCUGUUCGGCGCCAUCGCCCGGCUGUGCGCGCACCUGGGCGUGUCGCAGCCGCAGUACCGCCUGACGCAGGACGCGGACCGGCCCAGCUUCUUCAGCGGGCACGCCGAGUUCUCGGCGGGCUCGCGCGUGCCCGAGGGCGUCGCGGUGGCGCGCGGCGUCCUGGGCAAGAGGCAGGCGCGCAUCCACAUCGCGGAGCAGGUCCUGGCGUGGAUGGAGAAGGAGAAGGCGAGGAGGCAGAAGCUGGUCGACGGCAUGCUGUCGUGA